GCGACCCCGACCCCACCCGAGCAGAGCUUAUCCCCUCCCGACUCGGCGACUCCUUCCGACGACGACGAAGCAAGCAGCCAGCGGGAGGAGCAUAAGCGCCGCAGAUCCCGAUCCCUCCUCCCCUCAUCCUCCGCCUCGUGCCACAGAUCCCGACGCUCGCAGCCAGCCAGCCACCCACGUACCUAUGGCCCGCUCAUCCUCGCAGUCGCAGUCCUCCGUCGGCGGCGGCGCGGGCGCAGGCGCGCGCCCGGCCACCGUCGGGCCGCGGGGCACGGCCGCGGCGGCCGCAGGGAUGCGACGCCGCCGCGCCACCUCGUCCGCCGGGGGAGGCGGCUUCUCGGGUGGCGGCGGGAGCAACAUGCUCCGCUUCUACACCGACGAGGCCCCCGGCCUCCGCCUCUCGCCCACCAUGGUGCUCGUCAUGUCGCUCUGCUUCAUCGGCUUCGUCACCGCGCUCCACAUCUUCGGCAAGCUCUACCGCUCCCGCACGGCCGCCGCCUCCGCGUGAUCCGAUCCCAUCCCAUCCGAUCCGAUCCCACCGCUCUCUUUGUGGAUCCAGAUCACAACAGUACCAGAUCAGACGGGUUUUUGGAUGGUGAAUUAUGUAUGGCGAGACGCCCAGCUUGUUGUGUUGCCUAGCUUUUGCUUGAAUCCUUACUUUCUCGAGUUAGAUCUCAGCUAGAUCUGCAGAUGAAUGAGUGAAAAAACCCUACAUGUCAACUUAAUGGUGCCCUUUCUGUUAUUUUCCUUCUAAUUCAGCUUAUUAUGAGAAUUAUUACUGGAAUAAUUAUGCCUAAUUCCUUCUAAUUCUGCUUC